CCCUCACAGCAGGUCACAAAAAGUGUGGCAGCUGGAGCCAGGCUAACUUCAGUUGCUCAUGUAGCCUCGGUUUCUUCAUGAACAGAGUGGGGACAAUAUACACCUAGACCUUCGCAGAGCAUCCUCCUGUGGAAGUGAGUGCUAUGUGCAGAUGUGCUCAUGUGAUUCCCAAUAAACCCAGUAGGGCAGGAGCUGCUGUUGUCUUAACUUCACAGAGAGGGAAACUGAGUCUCAGAGGACAGCACAUGGGAUGCAGAAGCGAGACUGGAACCCAGGACCCCCAAGUCCCGUCCUGGGCUCGAGUAGCCUGGACUUGCCCCUGGCGCAGGUCCAGCCCCUCCCAACAAACUAGAAGCCACCGCCGGGCGGGGCGGAACCGUGGGUGUCCCUGGCUCCCCAAGGUGCCAAUUAAAUGCUCGUGGCCGUCUGGGGUUAGAGCUGUGGACGGCGGCAUGGCCGAGCAGGGGCCGGAGCCGGGACGCGCAUGGCGGGUGUUCGCCCUCUGCGGGGCUGCUGUAUUUCUGGCAGCGGUGGCCGCCGGAGCAGCCCUACUGGCCUGGAAUCUGGCCGCCUCGGCCUCCCGGAAGCCUCUCUGCCCAGAACCAGGGACUAACACCACGGCGCCGCCUGGGGACCCGGCGCCCGAAGUCGAGGAGCUGCGGCGGCGGCUGGCAGAGGCGGCCCAGCGCGAGGAGGCCCUGACCAGGCAGCUGAACCAGGCCGAGAGUGUCCGUGGGCAGCUGGAGGAGGCCCUAAGGGCCUGUGAGGGCCGCCAGAGUCGGCUUCAGACCCAACUGAUGACACUGAAGACUGAGAUGGACGAGGCCAAGGCACAGGGGACCCAGAUGGGGGCUGAGAACGGGGCGCUGACAGAAGCCCUGGCGCGCUGGGAGGCGGCGGCCACCGAGUCUGCGCAACGGCUGGACGAGGCACAGCGGCGCGCGCGCGCGGCCGUGGCCGAGGGUGAAGCCUGCGCAGCCCGGGAGGCGGCGCUGCGCGAACGCGUUAACGCCCUGGAAGCCCAGAUGGGCCCCCAGCGCAGACUGCCACACCCACGGACCCGCUCGGGGUCCCGACCCCGGCCAAGCCCCCGCUCUCGCUCUCGCCCGGGAACAUCGGGAAGCUGCCGGCGACCAGCGCGGCGCGCACGAGGGUGAGUCAGCCCCCAGCAAGACUGGGGCUCCAGGCCAGGAGGACGGACACUGGGGGCCCCGCAGGGACACAUAUAGAGGUGCCCACGCUGGAUGAGAUACCCAGUCUACACCCAGCAGCGCUCAGCUUUUGACCCAGCUGCCGCCCUGAACGGAAAGUGUUCAGAAAGAAGACCCGACCCUCUCUCCCUGACCAUCUAGUGCUUGUUCUACAGACGGAAAAACUGAGGUCCAUUUGGUCACAAGGUGAGACAGUGCAGAGCCAGGGCCUAAGUCCCCUCUAAGGAAAGUUUUGUCCACAUCCCACAGAUAUAAGGACUUAGGGUCCACCCUGGCCCAGGAGUAGGCUGAAAGAAUCACUUCUCUCUGGUCCUCAGUUUACCUUGUCUGUAAUUGUCGGAAUCAUGAGAGCCAGCAGAUCCUGGACACCAAAAGCUGAGAAAGAUGGCACAACAGGAAAACUAUAGACCCCUCUCCCUUUGAGGAGGGUACAAUUCCAAAUGGAAUUUUAGCAGAGAAUCAUGUAACACAUUUUUAAAAUACACCUUAACAUAAAGACAUGUGCCUGAGAUGCAGAGAUGGUUCAGUAUUUGGAAGUCUGUUCAGAAAGUUCACCAUACUGAUGGAUCAAAUGAGAAAAAUUCUGAAGAAUUUAUCAUAAUAGCAACAAUUUCAUGUGAAAUUAUACAGUAUUUGUCUUUCUCUGACUUAUUUCAGUUAACAUAAUACCCUUCAGAAGCAACCAUGUUGUUGAGAAUGGCAAGACUUUUUUGUGGCUUAGUAAUAUUCCGUUGUAUAUGUAUGCUACAUCUUUAUCCACUUGCUGGACACUUAGGUUCUAAUCUCUCAACCUUAAUCUGAUUUUGCCAACUGUUCUGAUAAUGUCCUUUUUAACAAAGAAGUUAUAACAAGGAGUCCUGGUUUACACAUUGUAUUAAUCUGGAAUAUUCCUCAGUCUGUCUUUGCCUUUCAUGAUGUUGGCGUUUAAAAGCCCAGGCUGGUUAUUUUGCCGUGUCUGAGUUUGGGUUUUUGUGAUGAUUCAACCUAAUGAUAUUAUCUGCUGUUGGUAUGACUAUAUAUAGAAAACCCAAGAGAAUUAGUGGAAACUCUCCUAUAUCUUAACAACUCUGUAGAAAAUCUUUUGGAAGAAAAGAAAGAUCCAUUUCAGAUAGUUUUUUUAAUAUCCAGGAAUAAACUACUUUCCUUAGUAUGUAAGGAUCUCUUCUAAAUUAAUUUCUCAAAAAAUAACUCAGUAGAAAAUAGGCAAAGAACAUCGGCAGCCAGUUCAAAGAGACACACAAAAAUGUGCCUAGUCUCGUUCCUCAAGAAGCAAUGCGGACUGAAACUAUAUGGUACCACUUCCUACCCAUUCACAGGGCAAAGAUGAAAAUAAAAACCAAUUAAAAGUUUGUGAAUACACUGUGUUGGCACUGCUGUGGGGAAGCAAGCAAUCCCACACCGUGCUGGUGGGACUGCUCAUGGGUACAACCACUUAGGAGGGCAAUUUUCUAGAAUGUCUCAAAUUAAAAGUGCAUCUACUGUUUGCCCUAUCAAUUCCUCUUCAAGAAUUUUUCUACAGUCAUAUUUAAAUGCAUACAAAAUGAUGGACUAAAUGCAACGGCGAAUCCUGGGUUGGAUCCUGGAACAGAAAAACACUUCGUGAGGAAAUUAAAUAAAGUCUAGAGUUUAGUCCAUAGUAAUAUACUAAGAUUAAUUUCUUAGUUUUGACAAAUGAACCAUGCUAUACAAGAUGUUAACAAUGAAAGUAACUGGGUGAGAGGUAUUCAGAGGCUCUCUGUAUUAUCUCUGCAAAUUUUCUGUAAAUCUAAACUUAUUCCAAAAUAAAAAGUUUACUUUAAAAAAGGAGACAGGAUUAGGGGAGAGAAUGAGGGAAUUCUUGGUAAUUGCAAAAAAAAAAUGGGGCACAAUCUCAAUUUCCACCAGUUGGGAACUAUUUAAACGAGUGUCUGUCCAUCCACACCAUGGAAUAUUAUACACCUGUUAAAAAGACCAAGACAGAUCUUCUCUGAGACUCAUUAAUGUAAAAAGCAGGAGAGCAAUAAUUUGUGUACAUCUUUUAAAAUCUGGCACUGGGGAAAACUUUUAUCCAAGUAUCUCUGAAAGAAACUGGACGCAGCUGUGGCCUCUGGAAAAGGAAUCAGAGAUCUGGGGAUUGGCAGGGGAGGGAGUCUUAUGUUUCUCUGUAUACCUUUUUGUAAAGCUUGCAUUUUAAAAAUCAUGUGCAUGUAUU